AUGACAACGAAAGGAAUCUGUUUGAAAUGAAAAAAUACUGACUAACUGUGAAAAACGAAAAUGGUGUUUAAAAUACACCAUGCGAGCAGUAACGUUAAGGAAAGAGGCGCGAGUAGUUGAAGGUUAAACCAACAAACUGUUUGGAGAUUGAAUCGAUUAUAAAAAAUUUUAAAAUAAAUAAAACCCCCGGUCAUGAUCAGAUAAGAGCUGAAACGUUGAAAGAAAUCACAGAAGAAAUUUCUGAGCAAUUGUUCCACUUGAUAAAUGAGAUAAUGUUGAGAAGUCGGGUUCCCUGUGAGUUCAAACUAGCGGUGGUCAAGCCUAUUUAUAAAAGUGGUGAUAAAACUUUACCAGUCAAUUACAGACCAAUAUCCUUGAUAUCCUCGGUUACCAAAAUAUUCGACAAAGUGUUGUGUGGGGUUCCUUAGGGUACGGUCCUCGUUCCGAUUCUGUUUACGGUGUACUUGAAUGAGCUUCUUAUGGUUGAUACGGCUGGUGAUAUGAUAAGUUUCACGGAUGAUAUCGCCAUUUUUUACAGGGAAGCGCAUUGGGACAGCCUGAUAUAUAAGACUGAAAAGGAUAUGGUGGGGGUUAUAAAUUGGCUCAGUUUCCGGAAGUUACUACUAGCUUCGAUAAAAUAAGGUAUAUCCUGUUAUCUUGCUACAAAAAUAAACUAACUAUUUUUGAUUUCAUGGUUGUGAACGUCAAUGGAGUAGUAAAAAUUGAUUUGGCUUCUGAGAUCAGAUAUUUGGCUGUAACCAUAGAUCGACAUCUAAGAUAGGACAAACAUGUGAAUUAUACUGUGGAUACCCUCAGAACCAUGCUAUUUAAGUUUAGGUAUUUGUUGAAAAUAUUAAAAAUCCAACAUCUGAGGAUUUUGUAUUUUGCACUUGUGGAGUCGAGGAUGAAAUACGGAAACUUAGGUUGGGGUAGUGUAUUGGACGCGGCCUUAAAAAGACAUAACAUCUCACAAAAAUAUUUUCUGAAACUUAUGUACAAAAAAAAAAGAACUACCCUACCGAGGAUCUUUUUACUGAAUCGAGGAUAUUCGAUAUAAGACAGACAUACUUUUUCAAUGUUAUGAUUUAUAUCCAAAAGCGGAGAAUUGUAAUAACUGACUCAUUAGACCACACCUGCCAAACGAGACAGAAGACUCAAUUCCAUAUAAAGGUGAAUUCCUCAAAGAAAAGUAUUGGACAGAGAACCCAUAUUUAUUUAUGUAUCUAGGAAAUUAUUUAACUUGAUUCCGGAAUUUCUUAGGAGGGAUAUAAUCGCGAUAAAUUCUGUAGGUCUCAUGAAAAAGAAGAUUAGAUUAUACAUCUACACAUUAAAUAGAAGUGAUAUGUAUCUUGGCUUGUAUUCUUGAAUUGAGCGAAUAAACUUAUAUUAUUAUUAUUAUUAUUUGUUUGCUCCAUCAACUCCGAGAUCCCCAAGCCCAGUUUGCAUUUUGAAACUUUGAACGUUAUUUCAAUAUAAAUUUAAUAGUCAGUACGCCACUGAUGUGUGUUUCCGUAGAACGGUCUGCUAGGAUCACACCCGUUGGUAUGUUUGAUAUGAAGUCCACCAAUUGAAGCCAUAAAUUAAUCGAUCCUAUUUAUAAGUCCAACAGUAACUAGAUUUCAUGCGAAUAGCUCACAUAAUUUUCUGAAAAUAGUUCCGAAAGUAGAAUGAAAAUUUAAGAGAUAAAAUUUUUAUUUGAAUGUUUGUUAUUGAAACAGAGAGAAGGAAAGUAUAUAGUUCAUUAUACUUGGUAAUACAAAAAUUUUCAAUAGUUAGAGGAAUUACUUUAAUACAAUCCUGCUGGACCUCUGUGAUACAUCUGAAACGCUAAUAGUUUGUGUGAGUUAGGAGAAGUAGAAUUUCUAAAUUGGAUUCGAAAGAAACCAUAUGUCGUCGGUGCAAUGCCACACCCACGAAUGUGCAAAAUUUUAGUUUUUCACCUAAGUACAUCACUAUCAAUGUCCCAGCCAUUCCAAGAUCACGAAUGUGAUUGAAGGCUCAGAAGUGGUGGGCAGGGGAUAUGCACUUUAACGAAAGUCAGUCUAAAUUGUUCACUUGCAAUGCGUGCAUCGCGAAUGUACCAAUUCGUGUUUGUGGCAGAGUAGUGAUCGAGUUGACCUUCGACGUGCAUAUCGCGAAAGUGGCAUUUUCGUGUUUGUGGCGGUGUAUAUGUGUGGUGAGCUUUAAAUGUGAAAGCAGUCUAUAAUUUCGGUCUUGAAAAUUUUCGAAAUUUCGCAGAAAAUAAUCUGUAGAAAAUAUUCUUUCAUAGUGAACUGUGAUUGUAAACUCCGUUUCUUUUCGAAGAUCUCAUCAUCUCGAAUUGACCCUUUUUGAGUGAGACGCAAUUAGAAAACUGUGUUUUUCGAUAAGAUUUGUUAUUGAUCAAGUGGAUAAACAAUCGAGGCGGUCAUCUGGCGGCUCGGUGAAUCUGAUGGUGAAGCGGUACAUACACGUUGAUAUUUAAAAGUGUGUGUUAUUUGUUUAAACGAAAAUGAAUGAUGAAAUAACGUUGAAGACAAUAUAUGAUGAAAUUCAAACCACUCGAAAGGAACUAAGGGCUCUUAUUUCGGAGAAUGAAAGCAAAUCAAUACAGAGACUAGAAGAGUUGAAUUGUAAAGUUGUAAACUUGGAAAAAGAGAAUAAACAACUUUUGGACAGAGUAGAAUAUUUAGAGAGGAAAUGUUAUAAAAACAAUAUAGUGAUAUAUGGACUGCAAAACGGAGAAAACGUCUCAACCGAAGGUGUAAUAGGGGAAGUGAAUCGUCUGCUUGAGACAGAUAUUGCCGAAUCAGAAAUUAGUGAUAUAUACCAGCUAGGAAGGGCCAAAAAUCGACCCUUGAAAAUUGAAUUCGCUACUUAUAGGAAAAAACAAGUACUGUUGGAUAAUUCUAAGAAACUUAAAGGAACAAAUAUUUAUAUAACUCAAGAUCAAACAUCGCAACAGCGAGAAGAACAGAAAAUACUUAGGAAUUACUUGAGGAAAAUAAGAGAAACCACCAGUGAUGUGGGAUACGUUAAGGGUAACAAGUUGAUAAUUGGUAAUGAAAUAUACACGGUGGAUGAUAUAAGAAAAAUAAACAAACAAGAAGAAAUUUCUGAGUCUGCAGGUACCACCCCUUCACCAGUUGAGGAGGAAACUCAAGAAUAUAACGCGGAGGCCCACCAGAAGAUAGUUGGUUCCAGGGAGGUGAGACAUGUGAAAGAUAAAAAUUUGAACAAGGAACUUAGGGUGGAAGUGAGGACAAAAAAGACAACAAGAUCGAACAAGUAGAAUAUAUUUGUUUCAAACCAAAACUCCAUCAUUCUUAUUCACAUUUCCCAUAUUGUACAAUAAAACAUAUCCGGCUCUAGGAUAUGUUUUAUUGUACCAUAUGGGAAAUGUGAAUAAGAAUAAUGGAGUUUUGGUUUAUGUAAGGGACUACAUGUUAUUGGAUCAUCAGGUUGUUUCUCUGGGCUGCACUGAUAUAUUAGUCAUAAAUUUGAACAUUAAUGGGUUGCUUGUUACAGUUAGUGCAAUCUACAGAUCUCCAUACACAGGGGUAAGGUAUUUCAUUGAGGAGCUAGAGGUAUACCUCCAUAAUACAAGAAAAAAUAGAAAACCAUAUAUUAAUGUUGUUGUAACAAAAUUUUCCUGAUCUUCGACUGAACGCCCCCGAUUUUGGACAAAAUUUUCCUGAUUUGCGACAUACUGCCUCCGAUGAUGAUAACUUUACCGAGCAUGUCCUUUCUUUUUUCACUGAUGAUGUGCGACACGAGGAGGAGGGAAGUUUGUUUUCGACAUAUAGCUCUGAAUGAGGAGACUCUGCUAAUAAUUUACAGGCGGCCGUUUCAUCUGAAACUGCAACCUCAUUUCCUGGUUUAUUUGUAUUGUGUAAUUUUUACCUUAGUUUGUCUUGGAAGCUUAGGAGCAUUUAUAAUUUUAUUUUGAGGUAUUCAAUACAUUGAAUGUGAUAUUGUGUUUCUAUGUACCAGUUAGCAAAUAAACUAUAUUAUUAUUAUAUUUCGCAUGUGUUUUACAUUCGUUGACUUGAUUCUACUAAACCUUUCUCAGUAUUGUGUGAAAAAAUGAACUCCCACACUGCUAAACUAUUCGCAAACUUGAGACAAUCACGUCUGGAUUCACCAAAGGAGCAUGAACAGGAGGUAGGAAGAUGUUAAUAUGCCAUUAUGAAAAUAAAAUUUUGUACAUUUCAGUGAUUGCCUGAUAGAAAUGAGCAUUUUAAAGCCUAUAGAGUGCAUUAUCUUAUAUCAUUUGUAAAUUUUUUGCAUUUGAGAAUCCGGCUGCAAAAGAAAUGAUUUCUGCUAAAUUUCCAAAUAAUAAAAAUAAUAUGAGGCACUGCACUUUAGCCAUUAAUUUGGCAACUUGUUUAACUGUUUUUUCAUUAGGUCUCAAAGAAAAUUGAUGAAGAACACCACACCAAAUAAACAAAUGGAGCCGGAACAUCAAACGUUUCUGUUUUUAUACCAAAUAAUGAAACGGUUUCAGAGAUCCAACUAGAAGCACAACCUUUGGUAGAGAUUACGGGCACCUCCAGUAGGGGACCGACGUUUGAUAACGAACUAGCUUCAAACAAGAGUGACUUCUCUGACUCUUCAUCAGAUAACUAUAAUCCCAAAGAAGACUCAAGUUCUAGCAGUUCUUCUUGCUCUUCUUGUUCGAGUUCUAGCGAUACAAGUUCAGAAUCAGAGGAUCAGAUUGAAAUAAAAGAAAAUACAUUAAGUAAGGGCCCUAAGAGGAAGAAGAAAAACAUAAACGCUUGGAAGAAAAACAUAAGGAAACAAAAAAUAUUAAAAGGAGAGUCUUAUGUUUGUUCUAGAAAUAAAGAGAGACCAGCCCGUCCCAUGUUACCAUCCCCGUGCUCAGGUAAAGCAAAGCACAAAUGUGACACCUUCAUUAACGAGGAAAACCGACGCAAAAUUUACUAUGAAUUCCGUCAACUGAUUUAGGUAGAUGAACAGCGAAUUUUCUUAAAUAGUCAUAUUGAUAGACAAGUAAAAAAGAGAGUGACUAGAAACAUUGAAAGUUCAAGAAGAACGGUCAGCAUGAGUUACUCGGUUACCGUCAAUGGGGAGAAAAGAAAAGUAUGCCGAGCCUUUUUUAUGGCUACGCUCAACGUUACAGAUGCAUUUAUGCGCGGAUCUAUGACGAAGCUUUCUUCUAGCGGCAUAACUGAAAAAAAAAGUCGUGGAAAACAGGUCCCACACAACAAAUUGAAAGAUGCUGAUGAACAACUGAUUCGCUAGCACAUUCUUUCAUUUCCAGCCGUAGAGUCUCAUUAUUGUAGGGCAUCUAGUACCAAAAGGUAUUUGGAUUCUUCACUCAAUGUCUCUAUUAUGCACAAGCUGUAUAAAUCAAAGUGCUCAGAAUUGAAUGUCCAUCCAGUUUCUUUCGAAAAGUAUCGACGAGUAUUUAGAAGUUACAACUUGGGGUUUCAUAAACCCAAAAAGGACCAGUGCAAAAAGUGCUUGAAAUACACGAACAUGACAGAGGAUGAAAAAAAAACACACGAACAGGCUCAUCACGAACACAUGCUAAGGAAAAAAUUAGCUCGUGAAGCUCGAGAUGAAGACAAGGAAAUUGCAAAGAAUAAUUCAGCGGUACUGUCAUUUAACUUUGACCUCGAAGCAGUGCUUACGACUCCAAAGGGUCCAACAGGACAAAUAUUUUAUCUACGAAAAUUGGCUAUUUACAACCUGACCAUAUACAACUUAGGGAAUCAGGACGGAAUCUGUUACCUUUGGGAUGAAACCCAAGGAAAAAGAGGGUCAAACGAGAUAUCCUCGUGUAUUUACAAUUACAUUAUCAAUCAACCAAACAUUACUGAGGUUCGAAUGAUGUCGGACGGGUGUGGCGGGCAACAAAAAAAUUCUCAUUUUGCUGCUAUGUGCUUGAAACUUCUUACGGAUCACACUAAAUUACGAACUAUUGAUCACAGGUUUUUUGAGUCAGGACAUACCGAGAUGGAGUGUGAUUCACUCCACUCGAAAAUUGAGCAGAAGUCAAAAUAUGUUCCUGGUUAUUCACCUGAAGGUUGGGCUCAGAUAAUAAGAAGUGCUCGAACACACCCUCGUCCUUUUGAAGUCAGAUACAUGAUGUUUGAUGACAUCUUCGAUUUCAAGUCAUUUGGAACAAGAAAUUAUAAAUUGAACCAAAUUCCCUGGCAACAAGUUUGCUGGUUACAAUACGUUAAAACCGAUGACGUGGUGACAAUGUCUUAUAAAAAAAAUUUUGGAGAUGAAUUUCAACGAGUAAACAGCAUUAAAAGCCGUGGACGACCCAAAAAGGAUGAUUUAAAGAAAGCCUAUGAUGAGCAGUUGCCAAUUGCGAUUGCUAAAUAUAAAGAUCUUCAGAAAAUGUGUAAUGACUUAACUAUUCCAAAGAACUAUCAUAACUUUUAUAAUUCCAUAAAGGCCGAUAAAAUUAUAAGAGAUAAUUUGCCGGAGACAAAUGAAAGCGAGGAUUCAGAUGAAAGAUAAAUUAUUCUAACAAAUGAUGUUUUCUUCUAUAUUAUUAUUACGUCUAUCUUUGUAGUUUUUAAUAUUAGAAAGUUCUUUUUGUUCCAGUUUUACCAUAAUAAAGAUUGAUAUGGUUUCACUUAUAUGCAUUUUAUUAAAAACAUUACAAUGCUACAAUCACGAAUGUAGCUUUUUUCGAAAAUUAAUGGAUAUUUUCGUGAAUCUCUGCUAAUAUUUCUAAAAUAUAACUCCUACAUCUGUUGAUAAAAGUACAAAAAAGAAUUUGCUUAAAAUCCUGAUUUUUUACAACUAAUUGAAAGUUUAAAACUCAAAUAUUUGCUAACGCUGAUUUUGCACAUUCGUGGGUGUGGCAUUGCAU